UAAAUGUUAAUCAUUGUACUUAACAUUAUGGAUGAGGUACCCAUAAGAUCCACUGCCUAUCACCAUUUUGAUCCUCUUCCAACUCUCUUUUUGUGUCAGUUAGUUUUACCCAAGCUGAAGCUGAACUAUUCUGAAACUGUCUCCCAAUUUUGAAGGACCCUGUCUCUGCCUAAUCACCCCUGAGAUCUGGGGGUGGGUCGUAGAGAGGAUUGCCAGCUACUGGCUUUACUAGGAGUGACUAAGCUGGGGAAGUGACAGUAAAGCUUGUGGAAGUAGUCUACUUAAGAAAAAGUGUCUCCCUAAAAUUGUUUUCUGAUUACUCUGCCCUUUUUCUCUCUUCUUGCUUGGCUCUCUGUCAUCCAGUGCCACUCACUUUGCUCUGCUUUUAACGGUACUCAAUACCUCAUGUCUUUCCUGGCUGGGUCAGGACCCUUUUGAGCUUCAUUGAUGAGGAUAUAGUACCACAUAGGCUAAUUUAGGAAGGAGAACUAGAGUAGAUAGGGAGAAACACCCUGGACUCAGGUGUCUGGCUUUUCUCAGUGAUGUGGCCCGCUUUGGGGCUACAUUUUUAAACCUAUCCCGACACUGGCAGAGGUGAGGUUAAGGGCAGGGGAUGGUUAAUUUUUCACAAGCAAUGGAAAAGAGUCCCCAAGUUCUGGGUUUGGAAACUAAUUGGAUGAUUAGCUAUCACCAUUUCUUCCACAGUGUCCACCUGACUGCAAGUUUGUGGGGGCUGUUAGCCUGUGAUACUGUGUUUGAUUGAUGAGGAAGAUUAACAGACUCAUGAGUUUCCUCUUAUCUGAUAUUUCAUUGGAGCACGGACUUCUGGGGCUUUCUGUCCCUUCCUCACAGAGAGACCAGAGCUCUUGCUGGCUGGCCAACUGUUCAGUUAUAGGCUGGGAACUCCUUACAGAGCAGGUUCAUUAUCAGCCUCCUGGGCUGUUUUGGCCUUUUGUUGAUGGAUUUGUUCCCUUCCAGCCCUUGAAUAUACUCCAGGAGUUUUGGUGGAGAACGAAUCAUCCUGUGAACAGGAGAUAGUGAGGGACGAGAUUGUGAACUUUGCUGAAAUCUGAUGUGAGGAGCUCAGCCAGGACUGAGGGUGGAGCCUGGCUAGAUUUGCAUCCUGAAGCCAUGGGGCCAUGGUAACCUGAGACCAAUGGACUCUGCCCAGUUGCCCCCUGUUGCCUGCCCCUUUUUCCUCCUCUACCCUAUAAUUAGGGUACUUGUCUACACCUCUUCAGGGAACUGUGAGGGAAUCCCUUUCCUCUAUUUUCCUGUCUUUCCACCCUCCCAAGUGAGCACCAGUCUAUAGAACUCCUCCUCCUGUCCCCUGAGGUGGUCCCCAUCCCUGCCUCCCCUCCCCCGCCAUGCUCAAGCUGUGGAAGGUGGUACGCCCAGCCCGGCAGCUGGAACUGCACCGCCUCAUACUGCUGCUGCUUGCUUUCAGUCUGGGCUCCAUGGGCUUCCUGGCUUACUAUGUAUCCACAAGCCCCAAGGCUAAGGAACCCUUGCCCAUGCCCUUGGGAGACUGCAGCAGUGGUGGGGCAGCUGGCCCUGGCCCUGUACGGCCUCCAGUCCCACCUCGGCUCCCAAGGCCUCCAGAGACAUCUCAAACUGAACCUGUGGUCCUUGUGUUUGUGGAGAGUGCAUACUCACAGCUAGGGCAGGAGAUUGUGGCCAUCUUGGAGUCUAGUCGUUUUCGUUAUAGCACUGAGUUGGCACCUGGCCGAGGGGACAUGCCUACACUAACUGAUCAUACUCAUGGCCGCUAUGUCUUGAUCAUUUAUGAGAACCUGCUUAAGUAUGUCAACCUGGAUGCUUGGAGUCGGGAACUGCUGGACCGGUACUGUGUGGAAUAUGGUGUAGGCAUCAUUGGCUUUUUCCGGGCCCAUGAGCAUAGCCUACUAAGUGCCCAGCUCAAGGGCUUUCCCCUUUUUCUACACUCAAACUUGGGGCUCCGGGACUACCAAGUGAAUCCUUCUGCCCCACUCCUGCAUCUCACACGCCCCAGCCGCCUGGAACCUGGGCCUCUGCCUGGUGAUGACUGGACCAUCUUCCAAUCCAAUCACAGCACUUAUGAACCAGUGCUCCUUGCCAGCCUUCGGCCAACUGAGUCCCCUGUGCCAGGACCAGUGCCUCGCCGGGCCCGGCUUCCCACUGUGAUACAGGACCUGGGGCUUCAUGAUGGCAUCCAGCGGGUGCUCUUUGGCCAUGGCCUUGCCUUCUGGCUCCACAAACUUGUUUUCGUUGAUGCUGUGGCAUACCUCACUGGCAAGCGCCUCUGCCUGGACCUUGACCGCUACAUCUUGGUAGACAUUGAUGACAUAUUUGUGGGCAAGGAAGGUACCCGCAUGAAGGUGGCUGAUGUUGAGGCUCUGUUGACCACCCAGAACAAACUCAGGACAUUAGUCCCCAACUUCACCUUCAACUUGGGCUUCUCGGGCAAGUUCUAUCAUACUGGGACAGAGGAGGAGGACGCAGGGGACGACAUGCUGCUGAAACACCGCAAAGAGUUCUGGUGGUUUCCCCACAUGUGGAGCCACAUGCAGCCACACCUGUUCCACAAUCGCUCUGUGCUGGCUGACCAGAUGAGGCUCAACAAACAGUUUGCUCUGGAGCAUGGGAUUCCCACGGAUCUGGGGUAUGCUGUGGCCCCCCACCACUCGGGCGUGUACCCCAUCCACACGCAGCUCUAUGAGGCCUGGAAAUCUGUGUGGGGCAUCCAGGUGACCAGCACCGAGGAGUAUCCCCAUCUCCGGCCUGCCCGCUACCGCCGUGGCUUCAUUCACAAUGGCAUUAUGGUGCUGCCACGGCAGACCUGUGGCCUCUUCACUCACACAAUCUUUUAUAAUGAGUAUCCUGGAGGCUCUCGUGAACUAGACCGGAGCAUCCGAGGUGGAGAGCUCUUUCUGACAGUGCUUCUUAAUCCGAUCAGCAUUUUUAUGACCCAUCUGUCCAAUUAUGGAAAUGAUCGGCUUGGCCUGUACACCUUUGAGAGCCUGGUGCGCUUCCUCCAGUGCUGGACACGGCUGCGCCUUCAGACCCUUCCUCCUGUUCCUCUUGCACGAAAAUACUUUGAACUCUUCCCUCAAGAGCAAAGCCCCCUUUGGCAGAAUCCAUGCGAUGACAAGAGGCAUAAAGAUAUCUGGUCCAAGGAGAAAACCUGUGAUCGACUCCCCAAAUUCCUCAUUGUGGGACCCCAAAAGACAGGGACCACAGCUAUUCACUUCUUCCUGAAUCUGCACCCAGCUGUGACUAGCAGUUUCCCUAGCCCCAGCACCUUUGAGGAGAUUCAGUUCUUCAGUGGCCCUAAUUACCACAAGGGCAUUGACUGGUAUAUGGAUUUCUUCCCUGUCCCUUCUAAUGCCAGCACUGACUUCCUAUUUGAAAAAAGUGCCACCUACUUUGACUCAGAGAUUGUACCACGGCGGGGUGCUGCCCUUCUGCCACGAGCCAAGAUCAUCAUUGUGCUCACCAACCCUGCUGACAGGGCCUACUCCUGGUACCAGCACCAGCGAGCACAUGGCGACCCAGUUGCUCUGAACUAUACCUUCUACCAGGUGAUUUCAGCCUCCUCCCAGGCCCCUCUGACACUUCACUCCCUGCAGAACCGCUGUCUUGUCCCUGGAUACUAUUCCACCCAUCUACAACGCUGGCUGAAUUACUACCCCUCUGGACAGUUGCUGAUUGUGGAUGGGCAAGAGCUGCGUACCAACCCAGCUGCCUCAAUGGAGAGCAUCCAGAAGUUCCUGGGUAUCACACCCUUUCUGAACUACACACGGACCCUCAGCAGGUUUGAUGAAGAUAAGGGAUUCUGGUGCCAGGGACUUGAAGGUGGUAAGACUCGCUGUCUAGGCAAGAGCAAAGGCCGGAGGUACCCAGAUAUGGAUACUGACUCCCGCCUUUUUCUUAUGGAUUUUUUCCGGAACCACAAUUUGGAGCUCUCAAAGCUACUGAGCCGGCUUGGACAGCCAGUGCCCUCAUGGCUUCAGGAAGAAUUGCAGCAUUCCAGUCUGGGCUGAUGUCCCAACAUCUCAUACCAGCAAAAGCCCCCUGCCUCCCUAAGGGGCAAGCCCAGAGCAGAGCAGGGCCCACAGGGGGCUUAGUGGCCUGGCCCCUUCCUCUUCUACCUCAGUGGCCCCCAGGCCUGGGAUGGCUGAGAAGGGAAGGGCAUCCCUUUCCCAUAGCUCUGGGGUCUUAAUAAAGGGGCUUCCCUUGACACCCCACAUCAUGGUACUAGGCACCUCUGAUCCAUGGUCUUGGAAGGUGGGGAGGAAUAAGAAGGUUCAGGCAGGGUAUAGAGGAAUGUAUUAAUCCAGUAACUUCCCUCUUCAUCCCCAGCAGUGUAUCUAUCUGUACCUGGCUAUGGGAGGGACCGCUUACUGUUGCAUCAAUGGGAUCUACCUGUGGCUUGGCCUCCCUAAUGUCAUUCACAUUGAAUGGGGAUGAGGUCGGAUGGUGGCUCAUUGAGCUGAGUAUGAGCCCUAGCUGUGGGCUAGAAAAGUCCUGAAUAAACAUCCUUAUUUUU